UCAUUCAAAAUGAACUUUUGCUACUUAGGAUUGUUUGUAGGAUUAUCCGUUUUUGCUGUUCCAUCUUCAAAUGCGUUGUACACAUAUCAAUCUCAAGCACCAAAAAAAUAUGUUAAUUACCUUCCAAAUCCCUACGUCUCGGCAUUGGUUACCGGCGAAACCUCAAAGCUGGGAGACGUUUUUUUGGAGUUCAAUCAAAAAGUCUACCAUGAAGACAACUUUCAGAUUUCCGUGCAAAUUACUGAUGAGAAAGGUGCAGUGAUCACGGAUAUUAUUGAGGGAAUAAACUUGUGCGAUCAACUUGACAUUGAAUUAAUGAACCUAAGACCUUUUUCUCCCAGUAAUAUCUUCGGUUUGACUGGACUGAGAUGUCCAAUUAAUUUUAGAGACGAUCGUAAACUGACAGACAUACUACCAUUCCAUUGGCCAGAGGAGCAUUAUUUUCCGGUAGAAAUAGGCUGCGGAGUUCGUAACUACCGAGUGACACUAUCAAAAUGUCUUGGACCGGGAUUGGUAUGCCAACCCCUGAUCCAAAGCCGCGUUGAAUCAAAUUUUGUAUCGGACCGGUGUCUAAAGCAGUCUUUCCUAAUAAUAGACUUGAUAAUGAUUAAUAAAAGUCCAACUGCCUUGUCUAUGAAAAGCGUAAGCAUAGUCGACAAUAAGCUAACAAAAGUUAGUAACUAUGCUCAUGACAACAUCGUGGGUACUCAAGUGGAAAACAUAGACGUGAUUGACGCCGAAACUAAUACAAUAGUGAUAGCCAAUGACAAUGACAACAACAUUAAAAUAGUAGAUGCCGGAGUUGAAAAAUUCCGCCUAAUCGACGCUAAAGUCGAUAAAGUUGAGGUAAAUACCGACACAAACAGCGUCGAGCUCAUCGAUACUAAUGUAAAAAGCUUGGAAACAUCAGCCGAUGACGUAAAAGUGAUUUCCGGAUCGGAUUGCGAUGAUAAUAACUUUGCUAUAAUCAACUCCGAUUCAGAAAAACACAGCCUGGUGGAUGCCUCUGUAAACGACAUCCUGCUGGAAAAUAAUAAAGACGGGGGCAUUGAUGUCUCUGAUAAUCAAUUGGAGACAAUUAAACGAGACGACGAGAUAAAUUUAACCGUAGAUCUGUAUCAAGAUGAGUAA